GGCGGGGAGCGCAGGCAGCGCCAUACCUGAUGAGGACGGGCGUGUAGAGCAGCGCCGCGACGGGGGUGACGUUGAUGCCCAUCAGCACCUUGCGGUCGAUGUCCUCCAGCUGAAUGUUGCUGUACUUCACCUCCCGGGCCACCACGCUCUCCGUGGACACCGGCAGCUCCUUCGCGCAGCUCGGCAUGCAGCAGCCCCUCGAGCCCCCUGGGCAGCAGCCCCCGGGCUACGGCAAGUGCAGCCCAGUGGGCGGCGAUGCCGGGAAAGCUGCCGGGUGCAGCGCAGGCAGCGGGAGCAGCGGAGGCAUCGGGAAAGGGCCGGUGAUCUGCAGCGCCGUAGGCGGGAACCCCUACGCGGGGCUGGUGAGCCACCUGCGGGCAGUCUGGCUCUCCGGGAAGACACGGCCCAUGGAAUACCGUGUAGCCCAGCUGGAGGCCCUGGGACGCUUCUUGGAUGAGAAGAAGCAGGAGAUCCUGGAGGCCACUGGCUCGGACAUGGGCAAGCCGUCCUUUGAGGCGUACUUCACCGAGAUCCUCCUCUGCAAGAACGAGCUCAACGACACCCUGAACAACCUGUCCCACUGGAUGAAGGACGAGCAUGUGGACAAGAAUCUGGUGACGCAGCUGGACUCGGCCUUCAUCCGCAAGGACCCGUACGGGGUGGUACUCAUCAUCGCGCCCUGGAACUACCCCCUCCACCUCUUCCUAGUGCCCCUCAUCGGCGCCAUCGCUGCCGGUAACUGUGUCGUCAUCAAACCGUCGGAGACGACCAAGAACACUGAGAGACUUGUUGCCGAAAUGCUGACCUGCUACCUGGACAACGACUGCUUUGCCGUGGUGACCGCCGGCGUGCAGGAGACCACCAGGCUGCUGGAGAACAAGUUCGACUACAUCUUCUUCACUGGCAGCCCCUCCGUGGGGAGGAUCAUCAUGACAGCCGCUGCCAAGCACCUGACGCCGGUGACGCUGGAGUUGGGGGGCAAGAACCCCUGCUACGUGUCCGACACCUGCGACGUGCAGAACGUGGCCCGGCGGGUGGCCUGGGGCCGCUUCUUCAACGCGGGGCAGACCUGCAUCGCGCCCGACUACGUGCUGUGCAGCCUGGAGAUGCAGGAGAAGCUGAUGCCCGCCCUGCGCGAGGCCAUCACCGAGUUUUUUGGGUCCAACCCUCGGGAAUCUCCCGACUUCGGCCGCAUCGUGGGGGACAAGCAGUUCCGCCGCAUCCGGGCGCUGCUGUGCAGCGGGCGCGUGGCCAUCGGAGGACAGACGGACGAGAAGGAGCGCUACAUCGCUCCCACGGUGCUGGCGGACGUGCUGCCCUCUGAUCCUGCCAUGCAGGAGGAGAUCUUCGGCCCCAUCCUGCCCAUCGUUGUUGUGGCCAACAUGGACGAAGCCAUUGACUUCAUCAAUGCGCGGCCGCGGCCCUUGGCUGUCUACGCCUUCUCCUGCGACAGCAAGGUGGUGAACCAGGUCCUGGAGCGGACCAGCAGCGGUGGCUUCUGCGGCAACGACACCCUGAUGCACGUGACGUUGACCUCGCUGCCCUUCGGUGGCAUCGGAAACAGCGGCUUGGGGAAAUACCACGGCAAGUUCACCUUCGACACCUUCAGCCACCACCGCGGCUGCCUGCACCGCAACAUGGGCCUGGAGGCCCUCAACGCCCUGCGCUACCCCCCCUACACCCAGCAGAAACUGGGGCUCUUGACGGCCACCUUCGAGAUCAAGCGCAAGGGCAUGUGCACCCUGCUCUGAGGGCUGCCCCCCGCCGCUCACGGACUGGGGGGGGGACACUCCUGCUCCCACCCCCCGCGGAGCCAAACCACCCUCUCCGAGAAGCCGGUGUCCUCCUCCCUCCUUGGUGCCGGUCCCCCGUUCCUUUGCCACGUCCUUUGCCUCGCUGCACGUCGGACGGCGGGGACGGACAUCUCCUCCUGCACCCUCGCUCCUCCCCAGCUCCCUCUGGCUCCAGACCGUUUGCCAGGACACAGGACGCAUCUGAAAUGGCAAAAAGUUCUUUUUCACGCCCCGUACGUCUCUUGCCAGCAGAGAAACGGUCCCCGGGAGGCUGAGGACCAGCAGUUAGCCCCAUUGCCCGUUAGACGGACUUUUCCUUCUGGAUGAACCCCGCUCUCCCUCCUCUCGGUGCCGGCUGUUGUUUUUUCCUCCGUGUAACCCUGCCUGUAGUAAAGACUUUGCAUUGAGCUCUCCUGUCUGGCCUCACCUCGCGCCUCCGUGUCCCAUUUUGGGGGGUGCUGGGCAGGAAUCCGUCCGCCGAGCCCUGGGCGGUGGGUUCCUGGUCCCCCCAGUGUCCCCAUCCAUCCCACCGCCAUCCUCAGCCACACCGCUGGGGGUUGUGUCCCCAUCCGUCACCCCGUGCCUGGUGGCGGCGU